AUGAAGGAAGAUGCGUUGAUGACACUUGAGGGGCGGCGCGGUGUAGCUCAGCUGGCGCAUGACGGGCUCCUGCCUUUUGUCAAAAAGAGCGAAGCUAUUGAGACUGCUGUGGCUGUACUCGAACAGCAGAUCGAAGACUAUGAUCCCAACAUCAAAAAGUUGAGGUUAUUUGUACGUGCUCUUGGGUCUGGCAAGAUCAAGGGCACAGACUCGCAGACUUUGUCUGCUCUUGCUUCCUGGGGUCUUGACGUAAAGACGGGGUUUGAGGAAGUAUCUUCAUCGCAGCCCGUGGAUACGAGCGACCCGGUUGGUGAAGAAAAGGCUCGGACUGAAGCUGUGAUUGAAGACACUCGCUUUAGCGACGAGACUCUGGCGGCAAUCUUCGGCUCGGACGAGGGGACUGAAGAGGAUGUGAAUCAUGAUGUAGCUUUCCUCUCUUGA